AUGCUGAACAGUGUUCAAAUUCGAACAGUUACUGUUGAUUCAAAAUGUGGUAAAUUACAAGUAUGGGAUACAGCUGGUCAAGAUCGUUAUAAAUGUAUUACAUCAUCAUUUUAUCAUGGUGCACAUGAUAUUAUAAUUUGUUUUGAUAUAAUGAAUCGUGACAGUUUUGAUAAUGUUGAUAAAUGGCUUGAAGAAGUAAAAAGACAUUGUGGAAAUCAACCACCUGUGUAUCUUGUUGGUACAAAAUCUGAUUUACAAUCACGACGUGUGAUUCUUUAUUUAACAAUAAAAACAUAUACUGAUACAAAAAUUUAUCAUAUAUUGAAACAAGUUCACAAAAAAAUGAAAAUGUUGAAAAUUGGUUUAUUGAUUUUGCACAAACAUUGGUUACACAUACUGAUCAAAUAG